AUGUUACCUUGUGCUCGUGCUGCUACGCUGUGCGUGUACGUCGGACAAGAUGCUCGUCGUCCUGCCUCUCUUAGGCCAGGCACACAGCAUCUUGUGCUCCGCCCAGCCCUUUACAAUCUUACCGCCACCUUGCCUGGUAUACUUGUACUGCUCACCUCGUUGGAAACUUUGAUUAUACCGAGUUGCUGCGGAGCCGGGGGAGGGGGUUAUUUCGGGAGUAUUCAAGGACUCAGUGCUUGUUGA